AUGGUUGAGGGGACCCCAGGAGUACCGUACGGAGGUUCAUAUCCGCUCAAUAGAAUCCAUGGGAUCGAAAACUUUGAUUUCAGGUCUCUUGGCAUGUUUCAAUGUUGUCGAAGCCAAUAUGGUCGUUCGUCGCAAGGAAGUGCAGAAAAUGCUCAAAAAGGUAAUUGUUUCUGUCUUCUAUUUAAUUAUUGGAACUCUAUUGUUUCCAAGGGAGAAACCAUUCUAUCAAUCUCCUUCCCCGCCUUGGGUUCACCCGAUUUCACAUCGCCAUCUAUGAAGCCAACUCCUCGUGAAGAAGGGCCUGGCCGUACAGUUAAUGUUGAUGAAGCUAGAUGGCUCUACGAUCAACUCACUCCAAUCACACCCAUUCUUCUCGCUCUAUCUGCUGCGACACCGAUAUUCCGC